AUGGCAGACCUAAAUAUUUUAAUAAGGAAAAGAGCCGCGGUAAAAUCAAAAUUAACUAAUUUUACUAAUUAUUUGGAUCGUAUUCAGCAAAACGCGAUAAAUGUAAAGCCGUCGGAAGAUGUUGUAAGUGAAUUACAACUACGUUGCGAAAAGGCAUCAAAAUUACUAGAUGAAUUCGAACAAUUUCAGUUAGAAAUAGAAGUAAAUUCUGAUGAUGAAGAAACUCAGCAAAACGUACGCAGCGAGUUUGAAGACGCAUAUUUUAGUAUUAUUACGGCUGCUAAUCAAUUCAUAAAAAAGAAUUUAGUUUCGGUAGAAAAUGAUUCUGAGGGAAGUGCUUCAGGUGGUUCGAUUGCAUCAGCUGGCGCGUCCACUUCAAAUACACAGGCUAUAAAACUACCUACAAUUCAACUUCCGAAAUUUGAAGGUUUUUAUGAGUCAUGGUUAGAGUUUAGGGAUACGUUUGAAUCGCUGAUUCAUUUAAAUUCGUCCAUAAAUAAAAUACAAAAGUUUCAUUAUCUGAGAGCUUCGUUAGGUGGUGAUGCUGGACAGGUAAUUAAAUCGCUAGAAUUUUCAGCUGAUAAUUAUGAGAUUGCCUGGAACAUCUUAUGCGAAAGAUAUAAUAAUACAAGAUUGCUAACCAACAACCAUAUUAAAUCCUUGUUUAAUUUAGACUCCAUUGCAAAACGAUCGUCGGAUAAAUUGCGAAAUAUGAUCGACAGUGUUAACAAACAUUUGAGAGCCUUGCAAACUAUGGGUGAGCCGGUCGAGUCUUGGGACACCCUCUUAAUUUAUUUAGUAACAACAAAGUUAGAUUCUGAUACAUUGUCUGAGUGGGAACAAAAAAGGGAUAAAAAAUCGUCAAAAUUAGGGGAUCUUAUUUCAUUUUUAAAAAGUAGAGCUGAUAUUUUAGAAACAAUCGAAAUCGAAACGAAUGCCAAUAAAUCGCAAAAAAACACAAAUAAGUUAAACACAAAGUCCUUUUUCACCAAUAAUAUUAAGUGUGAAUUUUGUGAGGGAGACCAUUAUAUACAACAUUGCUCCGAAUUUAAAAAGUUAAAUGUAAAUGCACGUAUUGAAAAAGUAAAAAAUUUAAAAUUAUGUAUAAAUUGUCUAAGAAAGGGACAUUAUAGCAAAGAUUGCAAAUUCGGACGUUGUAGAUUUUGCUCUAGUAAACACAAUAGUCUCCUUCACAUUGAUAAAAGAAAUACUACAUCUAAUAACAAUGAAAGAUCAGUUUCUGUGGCGUUUUCAUCGAAGCCGAGUAUUCCAGAAAGCCAAGUUUUAUUAUCAACAGCACUUAUAAAAGUUUUGGAUAUUCAUGGUAAAUAUCAUACGGCAAGAGUGCUUCUGGAUGCUGGGUCACAAUCGAGUUUUAUAACCACAAGUUUGUGUGAUAUAUUACAAUUAGAAAAAAUUCAUAUCGACAUUAAAGUUGGCGGGUUUAACCAAUCAAUUUCCAAUAUAAAUUCUAAAUGUCAAGUUAACGUGUCAUCCAAUCAAAAUAAAUAUAGGACUGUAAUUUCUUGUUUAGUAAUUUCAAAUAUCACAGGAAGUUUACCAAAUUUUAAGGUUGAUGUUAGUAAAUUGUCCAUUCCCCCAAAUAUUCGUUUAGCAGAUCCAGGGUAUGACAAACCCGACAGAAUUGAUAUGCUUUUAGGUGCGGAUCUUUUCUGGGAUUUAAUUUGUGUUGGUCAAAUUAAGCUGAAUAAAAAUGGACCUAUUUUGCAAAAAACUCGCUUUGGAUGGGUGUUAGCUGGACCUGUAAAUUCAAUACCGGGCACAUCUAUUCAGUGUAAUUUCUCCAAAAAUAUUUCAGAAAACGAUUUGCAAAGGUUUUGGGAAAUUGAGAAUUUUCCAAAUAAUAAAAUUCUUUCCAGUGAGGAGAAGUAUUGCGAGGAACAUUUUGUUAAAAAUACUUUUCGUAAUGAAGCUGGUCGCUUCAAUGUAACAAUUCCCUUUAAAGGUGAUAUUUCCAAAUUGGGUGAUUCAAAAAAUUUAGCGUUGAAAAGAUUUUCAUAUUUAGAGAGAAAGUUGCAAAACAAUGGAAUGCUUCGUGAAUUAUACUGUAAAUUUAUGCAAGAGUACAUAGACUUGGGUCAUAUGAAGGAGAUAGGGAAUCAGUUUGACGAGUUGGUUUCCUAUUACAUGCCUCAUCACGGAGUUCUAAAAGAAAAUAGUUCCACAACAAAACUGAGAGUUGUGUUUGAUGGGUCAGCAGUUACUAGUUCGGGCUAUUCGAUAAAUAAUUUGCAAAUGGUGGGACCAACCAUUCAGGAAGAUUUGUUCUCGAUAUUAUUGAGAUUUCGUAGUUACAAUUAUGUUUUUUGUGCUGAUAUUGAAAAAAUGUACCGUCAGGUGGAGGUGAAUCAUGAUCAGUGUCGAUUUCAACGCAUUUUAUGGCGUUUCAACCCAUCUGAACCACUAAAGACGUAUGAAUUGAAAACCGUAACCUAUGGUACAGCAUCUGCGUCCUUUUUGGCCAUAAGAAGCUUAUACCAAUUAGGCAUCGAUUGCGAAGAAUGUUAUCCAAAUAUAUCUAAUAUCAUAAAGCGAGAUUUUUAUGUUGAUGAUUUAAUGAGUGGUGCUAACUCAGUCGAUGAAUGUAUUAAUUUGUGUAAAAGUCUUGCAAAUGUAUUAGAGAAAGGUUGUUUUAAACUCAGGAAAUGGCUUUCAAAUAGUCCUGAAGUUAUGGUUGCUUUAGAUGAAGAACUUCAAUCUUCUGAUAUCGUUAACAUGGGAAAACAGGAAAACACUAAAACAUUAGGUUUAUAUUGGUCAAAAGUUGAUGAUUGUUUGCUUUAUUCAAUUUCAAAUUAUAUUUCGAAGGGGGUAACAAAACGUAAAAUUAUAUCAGAUAUUUCUCAAAUAUUUGAUCCUCUUGGCCUUCUUACUCCUUGUAUUAUUAUUGCAAAAAUAUUAAUUCAGAAAUUGUGGUUGGAGAAAUUGAGUUGGGAUGAAGCAUUGCCAUUAGUUUUCCAAACUGAAUGGGUGCAUCUUCGAAAUGAAUUGGUGGUUUUAAACGAACUGAGAAUUAAUCGUCAUGUUGUAUGUAGUAAUCCUAUUAAUAUACAGUUGCACGGAUUUUGUGAUUCCUCUUCAGUUGCUUAUGGUGCUGUCGUUUAUGUUAGAUCUAAAGAUGCAGACGGCAACAUUUGUGUGAAUUUACUUACCUCAAAAUCCAAGGUUGCUCCAUUAAAAACAUUAACAAUACCUCGACUGGAACUGUGCGGAGCACUUAUACUUUCUCAAUUACUACAAAAGGUCAAAAAUUCUGUUAGGUUUCAUGUGGAUGACAUAUUUUAUUGGACCGAUUCCACGAUUGUUUUGGGCUGGCUAAGGACGUCUCCUCAUCUGUUGCAAGUAUUUGUGGGAAACCGAGUUGCACAAAUACAAACCUUAUCGAAUAUAGACAAAUGGCAUCAUGUUCCUACGAAAUGUAAUCCUGCGGAUCUGUUGUCUCGGGGAGUCUACCCUAAACAGUUGUUACUCAUGGAUAUCUGGUGGCAUGGUCCUGACUGGUUACAGGACGACGAGUGUUUAUGGCCUAAUCUAGAAAUUUACGAAAAUAACUUACCUGAAAUGCGAAAACAAAUUGAGUCUCAACUUACUACUAAAAAUUCUACUGAUUAUUUUCCUUUUGAUAAAUAUUCUUGUUUUUACAGAUUAAAGCGUAUAAUUGCUUAUUGUUUAAGAUUCAAACAUAAUUGCUUGAAUUAUCAUUCAAAAAAGGUUGGUUUUGUUAGUACUGAAGAACUAGAUAACGCUGAAAUAUGUCUAUUAAAAAUCGCUCAGAGUGAAUGUUUUAGUUCUGAUCUUUUUUAUUUGCAAAAUGGCAAACGCGAAAACAUAAAUAAAUCAUUGCUAAGUCUAACUCCAUUUUUAUGUCCACAAGGUCUUAUUAGGGUAGGGGGAAGGCUGUCAAACUCGAAUUUUAGCUUUGAUAAAAAACAUCCAGUGUUAUUGUCCUCUAAGCAUAAACUUACGAAAUUAUUGGUUAAUUCUGAACACAAAAGGCUUUUACAUGCGGGCCCUCAAAUGUUAUUGGCAUCAAUCCGUGACAAGUAUUGGCUUUUAGGUGGCAGAAAUUUGUGUCGUCAUGUUGUUCGUUCUUGUGUAGGAUGUUUCAGAGCUAAUCCGAACGUGACUACCCAGAUAAUGGGAAACUUACCUGUUCAGCGCCUCACCCCUGCAUAUCCUUUCUCAAAAACGGGUGUAGACUACGCAGGACCGGUUCUUAUUAAAGAUAGACAAGGACGUGGUUGUAAAGUCACAAAAGCAUAUAUUGCGGUAUUUAUAUGUUUCUGUACAAAAGCUAUUCAUUUAGAGCUAGUAUCGAGUUUAACUACUGACUGUUUUAUAGCUUGCUUAAAUAGAUUUUCUGCUAGGCGAGGAAAACCAGCUGAGAUGUUUUCGGAUAAUGGUAAAAACUUUUGCGGUGCCAAUCAUGAGUUACGAGAACUUCAUGAAUUUUUUAAGGUUAAGGGUGAUGAUAUUGCUGCUAAGUCAGCUAAUGUAGGAAUUCAGUGGCACUUUAUUCCGCCUAAUUCUCCUCACUUCGGAGGACUUUGGGAGGCCGGCGUAAAGUCCACCAAAUUUCAUCUUAAACGGGUAACAUCAAAUGCUUUAAUGACUUUUGAACAACUUUAUACUUUAUUGACUCAAAUAGAAGCUAUACUAAAUUCCCGUCCCCUUAUCCCUUUGUCAAAUGACCCAAACGAUCUUACCGCAAUCACUCCUGCCCACUUCCUCAUCGGAAGAGAGUUGACCUCAGUAGCCUCGCAAAACUUUGAAAAUAUUCCCGAAAACAGACUAAACAUCUUCCAACGCAUCCAACAAGUACGUCAACACUUUUGGAAAAGGUGGUACAAGGAAUAUAUAUCUGAACUCCAACAAAGGUUGAAGUGGAAGUCAACAAGCCAGUCUCUGAAGUGUGGGGACAUUGUUCUCGUAAAAGAUGACAACUUACCUCCCUUGAAGUGGAAGCUUGGAAGAAUCACUCAACUGUAUAAUGGGUCAGAUGGUGUUGCACGAGUCGCCUCGAUAAGAACUGCAUCUGGUGUCAUAAAACGCGCAUAUUCAAAAAUAUGCCCACUUCCAAUCAACUACAACGCUUCAUCCCAGGAUGGACAGUGA